GUCCUGUAGCCGGACGUAUCGGGUCGCGCCUGCCUACGUAGAGAAAAGCGUUCCGGGCGGCGCCUGCACACCACAGUUCCGGGAGGGCCGAGGAAAGGGCGUCAGUCAUUGUCAUCAGGUGCACGCAGAGUCCGCUGCUGGAGCCCUGCAAUGUGCGCUGUGCUCCGCCAACCCAAGAGCGUCAAGUUGCGAGCCCUACACAGCGCGUGCAAGUUCGGCGUGGCGGCCCGGAGCUGCCAGGAGCUGCUGCACAAGGGCUGCGUCCGCUUCCAGCUCCCGGUGUCGGGCUCCCGGCUGUGCUUGUACGAAGAUGGCACGGAGGUGACCGACGACUACUUCCCGGGACUCCCCAACGAUACUGAACUUCUGCUGCUCGCUGCUGGCCAGACCUGGCAAGGCUGUGAGUGGCAGGGUCUCUGGGAAAUGUGCAUGUGUUUCUGUUUGUCUCCUGGUGUGGCAGAUGUGAGUGACAUCACUCGCUUCCUCAGUGUGUUUAAUGAGCCACAUGCUGGGGUCAUCCGGGCUGCACGGCAGCUGCUGUCAGAUGAGCAGGCCCCACUGAGGCAGAAGCUGCUGGCCGACCUUCUGCAUCAUGUCAGCCAGAACAUCACUGCUGAGACCCGGGAGCAGGACCCAUCCUGGUUUGAAGGUUUGGAGUCUCGAUUCAGGAAUAAGUCUGGCUACCUGAGAUAUAGCUGUGAGAGCCGGAUCCGGGGCUACCUGAGAGAGGUAAGUGCAUAUGCCUGUGUGGUGGAUGCAGCGGCUCGAGAAGAAUACGAGCGGGUCCUUAGCUCCAUGUGCCGGAAGCUGAAGUCUGUGAAGUACAAUGGCAGCUACUUCGACAGAGGUGCCAAGGCCAGCAGCCGCCUCUGUACUUCAGAAGGCUGGUUUUCCUGCCAGGGCCCCUUUGACCUGGAUAGCUGUCUUUCCAAGCACUCCAUCAACCCCUAUGGCAACAGGGAGAGCCGGAUCCUCUUCAGCACCUGGAACCUGGAUCAUAUAAUAGAGAAGAAGCGCACCGUGGUGCCCACGCUGGCUGAAGCAAUCCAGGACGGGCGGGAGGUGAACUGGGAGUACUUCUACAGCCUGCUUUUCACUGCUGAGAACCUGAAGCUGGUACACAUUGCCUGCCACAAGAAGACCACACACAAGCUGCAGUGUGACCACAGCAGGAUCUACCGGCCCCAGACAGGAUCCAAGAAGAAGAGGCUUGCUCGGAAGCGCCGGUGACACAUGCCAGCCCUCUGUGAGGUGACUGCAGUGGUGACGGGGCUAUUAAGCUUACAUUUUGUCACUUAGAAGGUUCUAGAAAAGCCUUUAAGAGUCUCUGACAGAUCUGAGCAUCUUCCCUGUUUGCUCCCCAGCCUCUGACAGCCCAGUGGGCAGAGGACAGUGCUGGGUGCUCACUGUGUCUCUGUGCCAGGGUCUUCAUGCACAUGGCUCCAGGGCUGAACUUGGCCACUGUGGAAUGGGGGAUGGUGCUAGUUUGAACCUCAGCUUUUAUGACCACCAUUUCCACUGCAAUGGCAGCUCUGACUAUGUUUCUCUGAAAGAAAUCGUGCCCCUGGGGUAGACAUUUGCAUUUCAUAAUGAACAUGGAGAAUGUUCUCUGCCGAACUGUUUAAAAUGGCAGGUGAGAAGCCUUCCGGAUGUCUCCCGGUGAAAUCGGCUGACUGUGGCAUUAUCUUGAGCCAUGUGAAAUGGUUUUUAAUGGGUUAAAUAAUGUCUGGCUGUCAUGAGUCUCAUGACCCAACACUGAUACAUUUAUGUAUGCUCAUUUGGAGCAUGUUUAAGCUUUUCUGUGUAGAGAUAGGAAGCUGAUAAAGGCACAGAUGGCCUACCUGUGCAGAGAAUGACCCUGAAUUCAUGAUACUCCUGCCUCAUCCUUAGAGCUGGGAUUACAGGCGUGUACCACCACACCUGGUAUUUGAUAUUAAAUGUGUGUCAGUUUGUGCACAGAGACAGUCUGAGGAAAUGCCUCACUGUGAUAGCAGUAAUCCUUAGGUAUUCAGCAGGAUGAGAUUUGAUCACUAAGUACUAAUUUCCUACACCAUGUUUUUUAUAGUACUUGAUUUGUUUUGUUUUUUUUCUUCUGAGAUGGGAUCUCACUAUGUAGCUCUGGCUGGCCUGGAACUCACUAUU